AUGCCUCCUUCUCAGUACGAGGACGGGGACCCAUCUGGCCUCCAACAGCAGCAGCAGCAGGAGGAGGUUGACUUAUACGAUUUACUCCACGUCACUCGCGAUAGCGACGCUGAUGCGAUUCGCCAGGGGUAUCUAGAUCAAAGUAAACUGCAUCAUCCUGAUAAGAGAGCAGCACAAGGGGCGGAUCCGGAGGCAUUCAGGAGAAUCAACUACGCCUAUCGAGUUCUCUCCAACCCAACUAUGCGAUCUUUUUAUGAUAAAUACGGUCUCAAUGGUAUCAGUCUCGCCGACGGUAUUGUGGUGAAACAGGAUGAGACUUUGGCCCAGCUGGAGCGCCGGGUGAGGGCUGUAGUACGAGGAAAUGAGGAAAUGAAAGUUCAGAGAAUGUUCCAACUACAGGGGGAAAUGACCACUGGUCUUAAAUUUAGAGAUUGGCAAGAAGCCCCGCGAUGGGCGUAUACGAGUUUCACCCACGGCAUGGGAGUAACCGCGGGACGACAUAACUUCACAGUGGUUACGGCGAGCCACGUCCAAGCAAACGGAGGAGGCGUUGGGAAAAUGACGUAUUUCUGGCAAACCGGGUGGAGUCAGUACAUGCAGAGUCGUGUUAUGGUUGAUACAUUAGCUGGUCAGUGGUGGCCACCGGCUCUAGAAGCGGUUAUUACUCGGCAAGUUGGUCAACAUUCUACUGUGAGGCAAACAGUAUCAUGGACACAGACUGGUGGUGUUGGAGCUGCUAUCACUUGGGGGCUGCAGUUGUUCAAGGAUUGGACUGGUAGUGUUACCCUGGCUGUUGGUCAUGGCAACCAUGCAGCGUUUGAAAUUGAGAAAACCAACCCGGAGGUGGGAAGCGAUGAGGAUCUAGCCCGAAUGACAGCAUGGGACCGUUGCAUUAUGAAAUAUAACUUCACUAUUGAGGGGGAAGGGAAUAUUGCUUUUGAAGCGAAGACUGUAUUACCCUUUAGUGGGGGCUUUGAGGUUUCUUGUGGCCCCACUAUGUCACUAGCUGCGGGCGCGGGGAUUGAGCUGAAGUGUUCACAACAACUAAACGGUGCGGAAAGUCUGAGCGAGUGGGAAGAACUAGAUGGGGCCUUUCCAACGCUUAUUCAAUGGUCGCUCAUGUUGCGAUGGCCCAACUUCGAUUCGGCAAUAUUGAAGUUCCGACUCACACGCGGUGGUACUGCAUUCACCAUCCCGCUCGAGUUCGCAGUGCCAGGGGAUAAUACGGGAGUUGCUCUGGCGACCAGUGUGUUCUUAGCGGCACCAUUGGUGGUUAAAGUUGUCCGAGAGACGGUACGGAAAUUGAGGAGUAAUUGAAUAAAAAUAGAUACCAACGAUCGUUGUAGUACCAAUCGUUUCG